AUGCUCUGGUUUGAUUGCUGUUGCAGGUCAGAGAUGGCGGACCGUGCUAACCACCCGUCUGUCAUGCAGAAGUUUGGUGGACAGUUCCACCUUGCCUCCAGCUUCUCUGAGGGUGUUCGUGCUCGCAACAUCUGCCCUUCUGUGCCAUCCUAUGAGAGGCGCUUCACCACAAGCAGCUACAUGACUCAGAACCUUGGCAUCAGUGUCCCAAUCAUGUCAUCUUCUCCAAUGUUUGCCAAUGCACCCCCUGAGAAGAAAGGUGUCAAGAACUUUGCGAUUGAUUUCCUCAUGGGAGGAGUGUCAGCUGCAGUUUCCAAGACUGCUGCAGCUCCCAUUGAGCGUGUUAAGCUGCUUAUCCAGAACCAGGAUGAGAUGAUCAAGGCUGGCAGGCUCUCUGAGCCAUACAAGGGUAUUGGUGACUGCUUUGGGCGCACCAUCAAGGAUGAAGGCUUUGGCUCAUUGUGGAGAGGAAACACUGCUAACGUCAUCCGCUACUUCCCAACUCAGGCUUUGAACUUUGCUUUCAAGGAUUACUUCAAGAGGAUGUUCAACUUUAAGAAGGACAAGGAUGGUUACUGGAAGUGGUUCGGUGGCAACCUUGCUUCUGGUGGUGCCGCUGGUGCUUCCUCGCUGUUCUUUGUGUACUCCCUUGACUAUGCUAGGACAAGGCUGGCCAAUGACGCAAAGGCAUCCAAGGGUGGAGGUGAAAGGCAAUUCAAUGGCCUGGUUGAUGUCUACCGCAAGACUCUCAAGUCAGAUGGUAUUGCUGGGCUUUACCGUGGAUUCAACAUCUCCUGUGUUGGAAUCAUUGUCUACCGUGGUCUGUACUUUGGACUCUAUGAUUCUCUGAAGCCAGUUCUCCUCACUGGCACUCUCCAGGACAACUUCUUUGCCAGCUUUGCUCUUGGUUGGUUGAUCACCAAUGGUGCAGGUCUUGCAUCUUACCCCAUUGACACCGUCCGCAGAAGGAUGAUGAUGACCUCCGGAGAGGCCGUCAAGUACAAGAGCUCCUUGGAUGCUUUCCAGCAGAUCCUGAAGAAGGAGGGUGCCAAGUCCCUCUUCAAGGGGGCUGGUGCCAACAUCCUCCGUGCCAUUGCUGGUGCUGGUGUGCUCUCCGGCUACGAUCAGCUCCAGAUCCUCUUCUUUGGCAAGAAGUACGGCUCAGGCGGUGCCUAG